UCUAUUCUCUGACCGGUAUUUGUUUUUUUUUUUUUAUAUCAACGUCACUUUGUUCCGACCAAAGCAAAAAAAAAAAAAAAAAAGAGCUUAGAGAGUUCCUCAUGGCAUCCGAAACUAGCCACCAAUUUCUUCCUCCUCUUCACUUUGUUCUCUUCCCUUUCAUGGCUCAAGGUCACAUGAUCCCCAUGGUGGAUAUUGCAAGGCUCUUGGCUCAGCGCGGGGUGACUAUAACAAUUGUCACGACGCCUCACAACGCAGGCCGGUUCAAGAACGUUUUUAGCCGGGCCAUCCAGUCCGGCUUGCCCAUCAAUCUUGUGCAAGUAAAGUUUCCAUCUCAAGAAUCGGGUUCACCGGAAGGACAGGAGAAUUUGGACUUGCUCGAUUCGUUGGGGGCCUCAUUAACCUUCUUCAAAGCAUCUAGCCUGCUCGAGGAACCGGUCGAGAAGCUCUUGAAAGAGAUUCAACCUAGGCCAAGCUGCAUAAUCGCCGACAUGUGUUUGCCUUAUACAAACCGAAUUGCCAAGAAUCUUGGUAUACCAAAAAUCAUCUUUCAUGGCAUGUGUUGCUUCAAUCUUCUUUGUACGCACAUUAUGCACCAAAACUACGAGUUGUUGGAAACUAUAGAGUCUGAAAAGGAGUACUUCCCCAUUCCAAAUUUCCCUGACAGAGUUGAGUUCACAAAAUCUCAGCUUCCAAUGGCUUUAGUUGCUGGAGAUUGGAAAGAGUUCCUUGACGAAAUGACAGAAGCGGAUAACACUUCUUAUGGUGUGAUUGUUAACACGUUUGAAGAGCUCGAGCCAGCUUAUGUUAGGGACUACAAGAAGGUUAAAGCGGGUAAGGUAUGGAGCAUCGGGCCGGUUUCCUUGUGCAACAAGUUAGGAGAAGACAAAGCUGAGAGGGGAAACAAGGCGGCCAUUGAUCAAGACGAGUGCAUCAAAUGGCUUGAUUCUAAAGAAGUAGGGUCAGUGCUAUAUGUUUGCCUUGGAAGUAUAUGCAAUCUUCCUCUGUCUCAGCUCAAAGAGCUCGGGUUAGGCCUCGAGGAAUCCCAAAGGCUUUUCAUUUGGGUCAUAAGAGGUUGGGAGAAGUAUAACGAGUUAUUUGAGUGGAUCUCAGAGAGCGGUUUUAAGGAAAGAAUCAAAGAGAGAGGCCUUCUCAUUAGAGGAUGGUCGCCUCAAAUGCUUAUCCUUUCACAUCCUGCCGUGAGCAAGUUAUCAAUGGAGAGCGAUAAAGAAGAGCCAAUGGUGUUCUUGGACCGUACAACAAGAGCAACACGGGGUAAACGGAUGACCAAGUUGCUUGAUGACGAAGUAGAAGAAGAUGAACAGUUUUGGAAUCAAGAAGCUCUUAAAGAGGAAGAGCAUGAUGAUGAAUAUGAAGCAGAACGUGAAGUUGCUGAUGAGUUUGACAGCGACUUCAAUGACGAUGAGCCCGAGCCUGAUGUAGUAGCCCAAAAUGAAAAAGAAGAGAGGGAUCUGCCAAAGAAGCGGCUGAUCUACCCUGGGAAAAUUGCUUCAAAGAAAAAGAAGAAGAAGACGAAGGUAGUUUCGAAACUAGAAGAUAUUCCUGUAGAUGAGAAGCCAGGUGAAGAAUUGGGAAACAAGGAACAAGACGAAAAAGAAGAGAAUGAAGCACAAGAAGAUAUGGAAGGUGAGAAGGUCAUUAGGAAAUCAACACGGACUUCAGUGGUUGUACGACAAGCAGAAAGAGAUGCAUUGCGUGCUGCUAUACAAGCAACAACAAAGCCAAUACAAAGGAAAAAAGUAGGGGAGGAAAAACGGAUGACCCAAGAAGAAAUGCUGCUGGAAGCUGCUCAAACAGAAAUCAUGAACUUGAGGAAUUUAGAACGUGUCUUGGCAAGGGAAGAAGAAGUAAAAAAGAAAGCGAUUGUGCAUAAAGCAGUCUACAAGGGUCCUCAGAUUCGGUAUCAUUCAAAAGACGGAUGCAACUAUUUAGAAUUCUGUAAUGGUGCGUCGUUCAAUUCAGAGUUGUCGACGAAGUCUGUUCCCUAUCCAGAAAAAGCUGUAUGUGUGAUUACGGGAUUACCUGCCAAGUACCGGGAUCCAAAAACUGGUCUUCCUUAUGCAACUAGAGACGCCUUCAAAGCAAUACGCGAAAGGUUCAUGGACGAACAUGAUGGUUUGAGAAAGAAAAUGGAGAUGGGAGAUCUGUUUGAUGCACUAGUAGCGAAAGGUUUUGCAACAAAACAAAAGAGAACAAAGAUUCCAAAGAGAAACAAAUCAUUUUCCCAGAGAAGCUCAGUUCAUUUCCUUAGCUCUGAGUCAGAAGAAGAGAGUGAAGAUUCAGAUUAAUAAACACCUCCCUGAUUUGAAUCUGCAUCUCACAUGAUUGUGAUACAUGGAUCUUCCCACGACCAUGGCUUUGGUUCUCAGAGAUUAGAAGCAAGAAGAACAUUCAUGGAGGAAGUUUUCAUGAUCAGAGCUUGAAAUGAAAACAACAACACUCU